AUAUAUAUAAUGAUUAUUAUAGAACGUAAUAUUGGCGCGAAAGACCUGUUUUAUGCAUCUUUGCUCAAUUCUAUGUUUCAAUUAUUGUUGAAUAAUUUUAUUAAUCAACGUGAGUGAUUAAUUAUUAUUAUGGGUAUUUUGGGUUUAGCAAAAUUAAUAGCAGAUAUUGCACCAAAUGCUAUCAAAGAACAAGAAUUGAAACAUUAUUUUGGUCGUAAAAUAGCCAUAGAUGCAUCUAUGUGUUUAUAUCAAUUUCUUAUUGCAGUACGUAGCGAAGGCGCUCAACUUACAUCUGUAGAUGGUGAAACAACUAGUCAUUUAAUGGGUAUGUUUUAUCGAACAAUACGUUUAGUAGAGCAAGGAAUAAAACCUGUAUAUGUAUUUGAUGGAAAACCACCAAAUUUAAAAGGUGGAGAAUUAGCAAAACGAGCUGAAAAGAGAGACGAAGCACAGAAAUUAUUACAAGCAGCAGAAGAAGCUGGAAAUGUAGAAGAUAUAGAAAAAUUUAACAGAAGAUUAGUAAAAGUUACAAAAGAGCAUGCAGAAGAAGCUAAACAAUUAUUGAAGUUAAUGGGUAUUCCUUACAUUGAUGCUCCAUGUGAAGCUGAAGCACAAUGUGCUGCUAUGGUAAAAGCUGGUAAAGUUUUUGCAACUGCUACAGAAGAUAUGGAUGCACUUACUUUUGGAUGCAAUAUUUUACUCAGACGAUUAACAUUUAGUGAAGCAAGAAAAAUGCCUGUACAAGAAUUUCAUCAAGAUAAAGUAUUAGAAGGUCUUGAAUUAAGUCAUGAUGAAUUCAUUGAUCUUUGUAUAAUGUUAGGUUGUGACUAUACAAAUAGUAUUAAAGGAGUUGGACCAAAAAGAGCUAUUGAGUUAAUUAAAACACAUAGGACACUUGAAAAAAUUGUAGAAAAUUUGGAUACUAAGAAAUUUCCAAUUCCAGAAGAUUGGAAUUACAAACAAGCUCGAUUAUUAUUUCAAGAACCUGAAGUAACAGAUCCUGAAACAAUUGAUUUAAAAUGGAUAGAACCAGAUGAAGAAGGUUUAGUAAAGUACCUAUGUGGUGAUAAACAAUUUAAUGAAGAAAGAGUAAGAAAUGGUGCAAAAAAAUUACAUAAAGCACGAAAUACUUCCACUCAAGGAAGAUUGGAUACAUUCUUUAAAGUAUUACCAAAUUCAACUCCUACAAAACGUAAAAUAGAAGAGACAAAAGGAACAACUAAAAAAACUAAAAAAAGUACAACAGGAAAACCACGUGGAAGACCAAAAUAAUUAUUUAAAAAUUUAAAAAUUUUUUAAUUUUUUUCAAAUAUGAAUGUCAAUGUUUACAAAAAUAUUUCAAUUUGAAUCACUUAUAAUAUUGUCAAUAUAUAAAGUUAUUGUA